UUUCAUUUUAAACAAAUGAAUUGUGACGUGGGCUAACAGUUUGCUACUUCGCGUUGGUAUUAUAUAUAGUUUUGAAAUACAUACUAAAGAUCCCAAUCAAAAUGUUACAUAUAGGUUGAGCUUACUAUCUUUCAGCCUUUAGAAUGGCACAACCACAACCGGUCAAAAUACUUGAGGUUUGCCGGGUCUGUCCGCCACCAGAUCUAGCAGGUUUUGCCGCCCCCAAGUUUCUCCCUCUGACUUUCUUUGAUUUACAUUGGCUAAGGUUACCCCGACUCCAGCGUAUUUUCUUCUACGAAAUCUCUUCUCCGAGCCAUGAGCAUUUCUUCGACUCCGUCAUUCCAAAGCUCAAACACUCUCUGUCUCUCACCCUCCACCACUUCCUCCCUGUCGCAGCCAAUCUCACUUGGCCCCAACACUCCCGUAAACCCAUCCUCAACUAUGUUGACGGCGACGGAGUUUCGCUUAUCAUAGCCGAGUCUAACUCCGACUUCUACCAUCUAUCCGGCAACGACUUUCGCAAAGCCACCGACUACCAUCCUCUGCUCCCCCACUUGGAAAUCUCCAAGGAACGAGCCAAGGUGAUGGCGCUGCAAGUCACUGUAUUUCCCAACUGUGGAAUUUCAAUAGGAUUCACCUCUCACCAUGCGGUCUUGGACGUCAUUGAAGAUCCUCGUGGAGCUGAAGAGGUUUACUUGAACGCGUGGCUAAACCAUGACGGACCCAAUAACAGAAGCCUAAUGGUAAUGGAGUUCGAAGUUCCACCUGGUUCAGUACGAGGCACCUUCGAACUGAGCAGAGAGAAGAUAGAAAAAUUGAAGAAGUCCGUGUUUGUAAACAUUGAUGAACCAAAACAUGGAGUGGUUCAUAAAUCAACUUUUUCAGUAAUAUGCGGGUACACAUGGGUUUGCAUAGCCAAGGCACUCAAAAUAAAGGAAAAGGAAGCCAUGUUUGUGUUCAGCGCCGAUUGCAGAAGUCGCUUGAAACCCAUUCUCCCUGCCACAUACUUCGGGAACUGCAUACAAGGUUGUUUGGUAGUUGUAGAAACAGAAAGCCUACUGGGAGAAGUUGGAGUGAGUGUUGCGGUGGAGGCAAUCAGUAAAGCAGUAAAACGAUUGGAGGACGGCGUUAUAAACGGAGGGCUUGAAACUUGGAUUUCAAUCAGCAAAGCUAUGCAGAGCAAUAAUCAAAGACCUGUUUUUGUUGCUUCAUCACCAAGGUUUGAGGUAUAUAAUACCGAUUUCGGUUGGGGAAGACCAAGGAUGACUGAGGUUAUAUCUAUAGAGAAGACAGGAGCUAUAAGCCUUUCGGAUAGCAGAAACGGCAAUGGAGGAAUCGAAAUUGGAUUGGUUUUAAAAAUUGAAGAAAUGGAAACUUUUGCUUCUUUAUUUGCUCAUGGUGUUCAAGUACUUUGAAUAUAUUUUUGUUGAAUUUGGCCUCAAAUUAAUUUUAUUUAGCAUUUUUUUUUUUUUUUUUUUUUGGUGUGGUUUAAUGCCUUAAUAGGUAGAUCAUAGAGUCAGUCAGAUGCGUGUAUAUUUAAUGUAAGCGUGAUUAUUUCCACUGUUUUAAAAUUUGUUUUUGCUUAUAUGUGUGUUUACCAAAUGAAAUGCUGAGUUAACAGGGCUUUUAUUAUUAUAAAAAAAUUAACGGGGCUUUUAUCAUUGGAAAGUUCCAUUUGUUAGUUUCAAAA